AUGAAUGAGGUACACUCGGUGGACUGGGAUACCAAUAUGACGACCCCGUGUCUUAUUCCCGAGUCCAAAGUAGGCGCUGUUCCUCAACCGCCGCAGCAGUUCAUGAUGCAUCCUCUGGGUCAGCCGCAGCAAGUUGAAUACAGCGAUGACAUGUCUGACUCUGGAAGCAGCAAUAUCAGCAGACCAGCUAUUUCGUUCCCUAUGCCGGCUCUGGAAUUCGAUUUCCGCAUAGCUGUGGCUUUGAAUCCAGAGCCAUCCAGGGUGGAAAACAAGGUCAAGAAAGAAAUCACCACCGUCGCUGCUGGACAGUGGUCUGGCUCGUUUGGUAACGGUCGGGUGCUAGCCGGUGGAUAUGAUCUAGGUCAAGCCAGAGGAUUUAGACCCAUCCGUAUCGUCGAAGGCGCCUUUGUCAUGCAAACUACUGAUCAGCCACCCGCCGUUCUCGAGAUGCGAACCCGGGGCUCACUCUCCGGGCCCUGUGAUAUUCUAGACUCGCUUCUUGGACCUGGCCAAUCCAAGGAUAUCGAUCCCCGCCAAUAUGGCUUCCGCAUGUUUGCUACAGUGAAAACGCCUGACAAGCGUUAUGCGGAGAUUGUUAAUUGCGGUUUGUGGGUAGCCAGCGGUAUGUGGUCUGGUGAAGAGCUCAUCAUCGAGUAUGUCAUUCAUUUCCUUUUCUCCUAG